GAGGUGUCUUUGUUUGAUCUUGAAAAAAACCCUUCAACAUAUUUCUGACAUGAUUAUCUAAAUCUUGAAAAGUUCUUUUUCUACCAUAGCCUUAGAAAAAUCAAAUUGCUUCCUCGUCGAUUUAUUUACAAAGCAAAAGAGGUCAGAAUGAAAAGAUCUAUUCUUUGUUUGCUGGUUGUGCUCUGUUGGUCAAGCUUUGCACUAAGUGCUCUCGUGGAGGACCCUGAUUUCAUAGAUGAAAAAGGAAAAGCGCUGAAAAACUUUAAAGUGGUUCCAGGCUCAAGAAGAGACAAAGUAGACUACCACAACGUAGAACAAGAGGCAGGAAGAGCUGUUCUUAAAUUGCUUGACGCCAAAAUAGGAAAGAAGGUUAAUGAUGCUGCAAAAGAGGUCACAGAUUUCCUAAACGACGCAGUUGGUCAUCACGCCCAACAAAGGACAAAAGAUAUACAAUCCGACAAGCAAAAAGAAAUGUCCCUUCUUCACCUUGGGGCAAAGAAAGUUCUCGACAAUAAAGAUGAAGAAAACAAGCCUAAAAAGAAUAAAGAUGGUUCCUUUCUUGUGCAUUUUAAAGUCCCAUAUAUUGUGACACCUGUCGAUGAGAAGAAGAAAACAAAACCAAAGAAGUAUCAUCACAAACACGGGAAAAAGCCACAUUUGAAGAAAUACCAUCACCGCAUUUUGCAUCACGGACAUCAUCAUCACCACCAUCAUCACCCAGCUCAUGCAGCAGAUGCAAGCAAACUUACGCCGCAGACUCCACAAGCCCCAUACAAUCCGCAAGCACCUCAGGCGCCGCCCUCACAACCCAACUACAAUGCUAUUGAUUUAAGCUUUAACGGUUACAACUGGACUUACCAGUAUAGUAAUGACACCAGUUCGGACAUGAUACCCUGUCAGGGAAACUGCAUGGAUCCUUGCACAACACAGUGCUCCAUGAGGCAAGAUUGCUGCUGCUGUGAUCCCAAUAUGAUGGCUCAAACCCAGGUCCAAGCAGCCGCUCCGCCUGCUGCACCAGUGUACCCUCCAGUUCAGCCAAUGGCCCCUAUGGCUCCACCUCCUUUCCAGCCUCCUCCUAUGCCAGCAUUCCCUCAAUCGCAAUGUCCCUCGGCCUGCAAAAGAAACUGUUUUACGUAUUGUCCGCGUGAUUGCUGUGGAGUAGCAGGGAAAAGGGACAAGGUUACAAAGAAAGGAGCAUCAGACAGCGAAGAGGAAACCACGAACAAAGUAGAGAGCGACGAAGCAAGUGGUGACGAGAGAGUAAGUGAAGAAGAGACCGAACGACAACAUAAGGUGGAGGAUGACAUCAAAAUACCACAAGAGAAAAAUGAAGAGCAAGAAGACAGCGGAAAGUCUAAAGAACAAGCAGAUAAUGAAGAAACCUUAGAAGGAAGCUCGGAGAGCAAAGACGACAACGAAAAUGACGAUUAAGUUUCGAAAAGGGUUGUCCGACACAAAACGAUUUCAUUGGAUUGAACUUCCAAGUGGCUCGAGCUCGUAUAAUAGAGUCGGCAAAUCUCCGGAAAGAAUGCAAAGGACAAUGUUUAAGACGGUUUAUACAUACUUAAUUUGUUCCGUAAACUUCAAAACCUCCCCUAAGUGUCGGCUGGGGUUACUCCCAUGCCGAAAUGGGACCUAACUUACUAAGCUCUAACUUUUACAAAGUGUUAAGCGUACAUCAAAGAUGAUGUCUGUUUCCAACACAUUUAUGAAAGCAUCUGGAGGGAUGAGAUAUUGUUGUAAAGUACCUCAGGGAGAGAGGUUGUUAUUUCAAAAUGAACCUCGACUUUUAACCGUUACUGCUCUUUGAAAAGCCUUGAAACUUUCAGUGCACUCAAUACCCCCAGGUCAAUACAUUGCUGAUUAUAUAGAUCUUCCUUCAGAGGAGACAUUUCCUAUAGUAAGGUGCACCUGUAAAAAUCUAUAAGGUAGGGUGUGUAUAUCAAUGAAGUAGCUAAAAUGAAAAAUAUUUAAUAGGUUCAAAUAGGGAAAUGUAAAAGAGAUUGUGUUUUGCCCCUUUGAUCAGUUUGUAAAAAGAUAUUUCUUUGACUUAAUUAAACAUCAAAACGAUA